AUGAUGAAAAGUAUGUCGAUGGAGGAGAUAUCGGACUUGUUGGUGAGUGAGAGUGUGUCGGAUUCCGUACCGUCAGAAGAUGCCCUGGUGUUAAUUUUGGAUUUAUCGCCUGGGCGUUGGAGCUCUGGCGUUCCGCUGAGGCCUGAGGAGCCUGAAAAGCGCAUUCACUUGCAUAACUUCUUCACAGUACUCGCCAACUUCUUAAAGCUCUUCGGGUACAUGUCAGUCAGAAAUAAAACACUCAUCAUCACAGCCAAUAAUCACUCAACGAGGAUAUUGUAUGAGGGUUUUGUGUAUAAUGACUGGACAGAUUCUUGUUUCGGCGUUAACUCCUCAGUUUAUACAAAUUCACAACAUUGUGACACAGACAGAACGGGUGAGAAAGUUGACAAAACGUUGGGUGUGAUGUGGAAUAAGAUGAUUGACUUUAUUAGUGAGGGUUUAACGUAUCCAGACGCCGACACGCAACUCACCUCAGCAAUCGCCACAGGAUUUCUAUACUUGAACAGAAUAAGGAUGAGGAACGAGGGCUACGGAAGGAAGAUAAUAAUAUUUGACGUGUCAACCUCUGAAAAUUACAAAUCGCAGUACAUCGGACUCAUGAACAUCGCAUACUCCGCUCUCGCACAAAACAUUACCAUCAACACCUUCGCACUAGGACAACCCUCCAGAAUUUUGGAGCAGUUGAGUUCGAUAACGAGGGGAAAGUAUUUGUUAGUUUCCAAGGUGCUAAACUUCGAUUUAAACUUCAGUCACAUCAACCAAUACCUCUCACAACUCAUCACAUUUUGGUAUUUACCGUCGGAGGGGAUGAGUGAGCUGCUGUCUACGAAUUUAUCGUUUGAUUUUGGGAACGUUGGAAUCUGCUACUGCCACUACAAAAGCGUCGACGUCUCAUAUCUAUGCCCCUGCUGCUUCGCAGUAUAUUGUUCGGAGAUAGAUGACAAGGGGAAGUACAGGAUAAUAUGUAUGGUUUGUGGGUCAAGACUUACCAGGAAACUCAUUAAACAAAAACUCGCCACCGAAGCCGAUUUCUCCAAACUCUAAUCUCACUCACUCAUAUAUUAUUUUUAUAUUAUAU